AUCUCGUGAUUCCCUAUCAGUUUUACUGAGCGAACGCCGCUCUGUAAUCUGGUGUAAUAGACACAGGACGGCGGAGUCUUCUCCAGCCUACAAAACUGGUAAUCAGCCUAGAAUCGCACGAUACCACCUCCAACACUCGCUUCAAUCUGGACCUAAUACCUUACACUGCAGGAAUGUAAUUUGGAUUAUUAUUCUUUGGAUGUCUUGACAAAAACUAAGUUGUGAUAUUGGAGAGUCUGGAUGAAGACAUUUACAUCCUAUGGACUAAACUGUUUCCAAGCCAAUAUGAAGACUGAUGUGUUUAUUUUGAUCAAAGUCAAAAGAAUCAUCACUCCAGGAAGUCCACUCUGUCCCCUGUCGCCGGCUGUGUGAUCUGAGGAUAACCUCCAAUAUUCUGCUCACUGGCAGCAGAAUCAAUUUUUUUUCCUCACUGUCUUGCUUCUCUUCUGUGCUCGGAAUUAAAGCUGGUGCACUUUUGGGCUCUGAUGAAUUUUGUUUGGACAUCCUGGGUAAUUUCAAUGGCCUUAGUGCUAAUGCUCACUUUUUAAUUUUCCACUAUUCCUUUAAAAAAGAAUAUUUUUAGAGAUUUUAUCCAGCACAUUGCUUAACCAGUGUCAAAUUUUGCAGCUGUUGGAUAUAUUGGAUUAUAUCUUCAAAACAUAUUCAAUGGUAUCUUGCUGUUAAGGAUUAUUGCUUCCUAGUUUUUCUGUUUACAAUGAAUCCCAUCUGCUUUUCACUUAAGGUGCAUUUGCUGCUCAGUGCAUUGUUAGGCCUGUGUCUUGGCCUGGAGUUUGCAGGGACUCCCGGCCAGUGGGCCCGCUACCUUCGCUGGGAUGCCAGCACACGAAGUGACUUAAGUUUCCAGUUCAAAACAGAUGUUUCCACUGCCCUGCUUCUCUAUUUCGAUGAUGGCGGAUACUGUGAUUUCCUCCAGCUGAUGGUAGUUGAAGGCAAGUUGCAGCUACAAUUCAGCAUUGAUUGUGCAGAGACCACCAUUGUCUCGGAUAAAAGGGUCAAUGACAGCAACUGGCACUUUGCCAUGGUCAGCAGGAACAACCUGAGAACUGUCCUGGUGGUGGACAGCGAAACAAAAGCGGACGAGGUCAGGCCGGAGAGGCAGUACAUGAAAAUCGUUAGCGACCUGUUCAUCGGAGGAGUUCCGCAGGAUAUCCGCUCACCCGCUUUGACACUGCCCUCGGUCAAAAACCAGUCCCCGUUCAAGGGAGUUAUCACAGACCUGAAGUACGGGAACAAAGAGCCCACACUGCUCAGCAAACGAAUGGUCAGCUUGGACAUGGAAGGCAUGUGCUCAGAAAACCUCUGUGAAAAUGGUGGGAGUUGCUCAGUGGUCAAAGGGGAACCAAAAUGUGAUUGUUCUAAUACAGGAUAUAUUGGACAAUUUUGCAGUGAAGCAGAAGUCAACAAUAUUCCAGGUUUCGCACAUCUGAUGAUGGCCGAACAAGGUAGAAGCAAAGCGAGAGAGGAGAACGUCGCCACUUUCCGGGGGUCGGAGUACUUCUGCUACGACCUGUCGCAGAACCCCAUCCAGAGCAGCAGCGACGAGAUCACCCUGUCCUUCAAGACCUGGCAGCGCAACGGGCUCAUCCUGCACACGGGCAAGUCGGCGGACUACGUCAACCUGGCGCUGAAGGACGGAGCCGUGUCCCUCGUCAUCAACCUGGGAUCGGGGGCUUUCGAGGCCAUAGUAGAGCCGGUUAACGGCAAAUUCAACGACAACUCGUGGCAUGACGUAAAGGUCACGCGGAACUUGCGGCAGCACUCAGGCAUUGGACACGCUAUGGUGACAAUAUCUGUAGAUGGCAUCUUAACCACUACUGGGUACACACAAGAAGACUACACCAUGCUUGGCUCAGAUGACUUCUUCUAUGUUGGUGGUAGUCCAAGCACAGCGGAUCUGCCUGGUUCUCCUGUCAGCAACAAUUUCAUGGGCUGCUUGAAAGAGGUUGUGUAUAAGAACAAUGACAUCCGAUUGGAGCUGUCACGCCUUGCUAGGAUUAUAGACCCUAAAAUGAAGAUCCAAGGAGACGUGGUGUUCAAGUGUGAAAAUGUAGCCACUCUGGAUCCCAUCUCUUUCGAGACCCCCGAAGCUUACAUCAGCCUUCCCAAGUGGAACACCAAAAGGAUGGGCUCCAUCUCCUUUGACUUCCGCACCUCGGAGCCGAACGGACUUAUUCUGUUCACUCACGGGAAACCCCAGGACAGGAAGGAUUCCAGGAGCCAGAAGAACACCAAGGUUGACUUCUUCGCUGUGGAGCUGCUCGAUGGCAGUCUGUAUUUGCUGCUGGACAUGGGGUCUGGCACGAUCAAGGUCAAAGCCACCCAGAAAAAGGUCAACGACGGAGAGUGGUAUCAUGUGGAUAUUCAACGGGAUGGAAGAUCAGGUACCAUUUCCGUAAACAGUCGCCGCACACCAUUUACAGCAAGUGGAGAGAGUGAAAUUCUCGAUUUAGAAGGGGACAUGUAUCUGGGUGGCUUACCUGAGAACCGGGCAGGUCUCAUACUGCCCACGGAGCUGUGGACUGCCAUGCUUAACUAUGGCUAUGUGGGAUGCAUUCGGGACCUGUUUAUCGAUGGCCGAAGCAAAGAUAUUAGGCAGAUAGCUGAGGCACAGAAUGGAGCCGGAAUAAAGCCUUCCUGCACCAAGGUCAAUGGUAAACAGUGUGAAAGUUAUCCCUGCAGAAACAAUGCUUUGUGCAAAGAAGGCUGGAAUAGAUUCAUUUGUGAUUGCACUGGCACUGGGUUCUGGUCCAGAACAUGUGAAAGAGAGGCCUCGAUCCUCAGCUAUGAUGGGAGCAUGUAUAUGAAGGUGGUGAUGCCCACUGUGAUGCACACGGAGGCCGAGGACGUCUCUCUGCGCUUCAUGUCUCAGCGCGCCUAUGGUUUACUCAUGGCCACGACGUCCAGAGACUCUGCAGACACUCUCCGACUGGAGCUGGACGGAGGCCGGGUGAAACUGACUGUUAAUUUAGACUGUAUCAGGAUAAACUGUAACUCCAGCAAAGGACCAGAAAUACUUUAUGCUGGACAAAAGCUCAAUGAUAAUGAGUGGCAUACAGUCCAGGUGGUUCGGAGGGGUAAACGCUUGAAGCUCGUGGUUGACGAUGACAUGGCUGAAGGUCAAAUGGUGGGAGACCACACUCGUCUAGAGUUCCACAAUAUAGAGACAGGGAUCAUGACAGAGCGGCGCUUUAUAUCUGUCAUCCCUUCCAGUUUUAUUGGCCAUCUGCAGAGCCUGAAGUUCAAUGGAAUGCUGUACAUCGACCUUUGCAAAAACGGUGAUAUUGAUUACUGUGAACUGAAUGCCAGGUUCGGAAUGAGAUCGAUCAUCGCCGAUCCUGUCACUUUUAAAACCAAGAGCAGCUACCUCAGCUUGGCAACGCUGCAGGCCUACACCUCCAUGCACCUCUUCUUCCAGUUCAAAACCACAACGCCCGACGGAUUCAUCCUCUUCAACAGCGGAGAUGGAAACGAUUUCAUUGCUGUGGAGCUGGUGAAAGGGUAUAUUCACUAUGUAUUUGACCUGGGAAAUGGGCCUAAUGUCAUUAAGGGAAACAGUGACAAGGCACUGCAUGACAAUCAGUGGCACAACGUUGUGAUCACCCGAGACAACAGCAACACACACACCCUGAAGGUGGAUGCCAAGGCUGUGACUCAGGUUAUCAAUGGUGCCAAAAAUCUUGAUCUUAAAGGUGACCUGUACAUAGCUGGGCUGGGGCAGGGCAUGUACAGCAACCUGCCCAAGCUGGUGGCCUCCCGGGACGGGUUCCAGGGGUGCUUGGCCUCUGUGGACCUGAACGGACGCCUCCCGGACCUGAUCAACGAUGCCCUGUACCGCAGCGGGCAGAUUGAGCGCGGAUGUGAAGUUGAAUUCACCAAAGCUGACCUACAAGGCCCCAGCACCACCUGUCAAGAGGACUCUUGUGGUAACAUGGGCAUCUGCAUUCAGCAAUGGGAGAACUAUACCUGUGACUGUUCCAUGACGUCCUAUGCUGGCACUCAGUGCAAUGACCCUGGGGCGACAUACAUCUUUGGCAAAGGGGGAGGACUCAUAACCUUCACAUGGCCUUCGAACGACAGACCCAGCACUCGCACCGACCGCCUGGCGGUGGGCUUCAGCACGUCCCUCAAGGAUGGGAUCUUGGUCCGAGUGGACAGCGCUCCGGGGCUUGGGGACUUCCUGCAGCUGCACAUCGAGCAAGGCAAGAUUGGUGUCACGUUUAACAUUGGAACAGUGGACAUCAGCAUCCAAGAAACGAGCGCCCCAGUGAAUGAUGGGAAAUACCAUGUGGUUCGCUUCACAAGGAAUGGUGGGAAUGCAACGUUGCAGGUGGACAACUGGCCAGUCAAUGAGCACUACCCUACAGGCAGCAGUGAUUAUGAGCGUCUUCAAAUGGUAAAUAAGAAAAUCCCAUUCAAAUAUACCCGGCCCGUAGAGGAAUGGCUUCAAGAGAAAGGCCGGCAGCUGACGAUCUUCAACACCCAGGCAACUAUAACCAUUGGAGGCAAUGACCGAAAGAGACCCUACCAGGGACAGCUCUCUGGCCUGUACUACAAUGGUCUCAAGGUGCUGAACAUGGCCGCUGAAAACAACCCCAAUAUUAAAAUCAAUGGGAGUGUCAGACUAGUGGGCGAUGUUCCUUCUGUCCACGGAUCAGCCACAACGACCUCCGUACCUCCAGAAAUGUCAACCACCUUCAUCGAGACGACCACCACCAUGUCCACCACGACCACCAGAAAGCACCGGUCUCCCCCCACCAUCCAGACCACAGAUGACAUUGUCUCCUCUGCGGAGUGCUCUAGUGACGAUGAGGACCUGGAGGAGUGUGAUUCCGGACACACAGGUGGGCUAGGAGGUGAAUUAGUUAUCCCUGUACUUGUAGAAGAUCCCUUAGAAAUUCCUCCUAUAGCUACUCGUGCACCUUCCAUUACCCCUCCCCCAACCUUUCGCCCCCUCCUAACCAUUAUUGAGACCACCAAAGAUUCCCUGUCCAUGACUUCUGAGGCGGGGUUUCCUUGCUUGUCGGACCAAGGCAGCGAUGAUUGUGAUGAUGAUGGCUUGGUGAUAUCUGGGUAUGGCUCAGGGGAAGCUUUUGACUCUAACCUGCCCCCUACCGAUGAUGAAGAUUUUUACACCACCUUCUCCUUGGUAACAGAUAAGACCUUGUCUACGUCGGCCUUUGAAGGUGGCUACAAAGCUCACGCACCUAAGUGGGAAUCCAAGGACUUUAGGCCUAACAAAGCCUUCGAAUCUGGUAGGACUACUGCCACAUCGUUAUCCCCUGAGCUGGUCCGUUCCACAGCUUCUUCCACGCCCGAAAUGGUGCCCAAACUGCCGGCAGGCAAAAUGAAUAACCGAGAGCUUAAACCCCAGCCAGACAUAGUCUUGCUUCCAUUGCCCACUGCCUAUGAGAUAGACAGCACAAAGCUGAAGAGCCCAUUAAUAACCUCCCCAAUGUUCCAUAAUGUACCCACAGCACACCCCACGGAGCCAGGCAUGAAACAGGUUCCGGGGGCCUCAGAGGUGGUUCGUGAAUCUAGCAGCACAACCGGAAUGGUCGUCGGAAUAGUUGCUGCAGCUGCUUUGUGCAUCCUUAUUCUCCUGUACGCAAUGUAUAAAUACAGAAACAGGGAUGAAGGAUCGUACCAGGUUGACGAAACGCGAAAUUACAUAAGCAAUUCAGCACAGACGAACGGCGCGAUCGUGAAGGAGAAACAGCAAAGUGCUAAAAGUGGCAACAAGAAACAAAAAAACAAGGACAAAGAAUAUUACGUGUAAAAAAAAAACCAGAGAGAGAACUAUAUUAUACAAAUUAACCAUGUUGGGAGCUGCAAUUAAAAACGCGAGAACUGAAACUCCAAGCGGUGCACGGAGCCAGUGAACUAUGAAAUGUACUGUAAUAUAAAGCACACUUACUAUUGCAAGCAAACCAAGAUGGCUAAUAGCAACAUUAGUGACCUUAUUCUUCUAUCUGGGUGGAGAAAUUAUCAGUGUAGAAUCCUUCACAGCUACAUCAUUAUCCCAAGUGACUUUUAGAGAUCUGUGAUCCUUGAUGUAAACCUUGUUUUUUUGUAACCCUGUAAAGAUAUUUUGGCCAUUUUGAGCAUGUAUACGACAUGUAGUGCUGGCAUCUUUCCAAGAGUGGGUGAGAAAAAAAUAAGGAUCAUUGGGAAAAAAAAACAUCAACAAAUAAGGACUACCGCCAUACAAUAACAACAAAUUUGUAUUGUUUCUACAUCAUGAAAUUGUGGUGUCUUAUGAUUUUUGCUCUGUGCAAAAAACACUGUAUUAAAUGAAGCGAACCAGUAACAAUGUUUGACAGCGUUGAUCCUAUGGCGUUGUUUGUCCGGUUCAGCCUGACUCUUGACUUUUAAUCGUACGCCGUACAGUGUACCUAAAAGCCGACGCUGAGGCAUGGAGGGCGUGCUGUGCUUUCUGGCCUCAGUGAAGCGCACUCCUGAUUGUAAUGCAUGCCAUCCAAUUCUAUACCGCGUUCAACCUCGCUUGAACGAAUAUUGCAGGCCAAACAAUUUGUCAUCAGAGUUACAUUCCUUGUUUUUCUUUAAACGAAACAAGAAAACCAGUCGCAGGUGCAUUUUUUUCAGCCUGUACCCGUAUAUCUUUUAAAGCCUUCAGUGCGACAGUUCAUUCCCCGUCUCUUCUUUUCUAUUGAGCUGCUGUGGCAAAGUAAUCUUGUGAUGUGCGAUGGAAGACUGCUACAGUUCUAUAACACUGUUAAGGAUGUUUAAACAGAAAUAAAUCUAAUGUGAAAGUGUGAAUUUUAUCUGUUGUCACAGUCAACUGUGUCAAACAACAAAUUUGUUUACAUAUUUUAUUACAUUCUAGCUGUUGUACUUUGUAGGUAGAUAUUGUACAUAACAUUUAAGUUGUAAUUUUUUAGUAUUUUAUUGUACAGACUGAUCAUUUGGUUUCUCAAUGUAUUUCAUGAGGAGAUUCAAAACUGUUAUCUGAUAUGGAGAAAGACUUUGGAGCAAAAAAAUAUACAUAUUUUGUAAAGAGAGGAAAAUAUUGUUAGGUUAGAGAUCCAAUCUUUCUCGCUGAUGUUUCUAAGUCGCAUGAAUAUUUGACUACUGGAAGUUAUCAAUCAAAUACAAAAUGCUCUUCUUAAUUGUA